CGCCGGCCCCGCCGCUGUGGGCAGCCCCGCCCACCCGUUCGGCGUCGUUAAACGGACAUAACGGAAGACCCGCCCAUCCCCCCGCUCCGCCCUUUUCGGCCCUCACGGGCUGGUCUGCGUUCGCCUGGUGGGCACCAUGGAAGCCCCCGCGGACACGGACGCUCGUGUCAUUUCUAAGGAGGUGGGGAAAGGAGUUGGGAAUGGUUUGUUAAGGGACGUGUUUCUCUGACAGGACGGUUAUAAACAGCCAACCCAUCCCCUCCCCCAUCUCAGGCCACAUCACUCACUUCCGGGUCUGGGGGGGAGGUAACUUCCUUUUAUGGUGGGGCCGUGGGAGGGAGCUGCUGGCGUGAAGGUGAAGUGAGGCCGCUGCCCGGCCUGCUGCGCUCUCGCUUGGGAUGGUGUGACCAGAGUUUGGUACCGUUUAAGGGCGGGGAGGUGGGGGCGGGGGUAGAGCGUCUGGUGGAGCGUGCAGGGGAGGGGACGGCGAGAGGACCCUGGAAAAUGGGGCGGCGGGGACAAUGCCGCCUAUAGGCUCGUCCCCUUUCAAACCAGCUGCUCUUCUCUGGCCCGAUAUUCGCUUCCGGGAUCAGGUUCAUUAGGGAGCCGGUGGGCGGGAGGACUUGUUUGUGACUGCGUACACUAAGACGGGAUCUUUUUGUAUGCUGCAGUGGCCUCUUGAAACAGAACCUCCAUAUAUAUAUGUAUAUGAAUGAAUCCCUGCAGGUUUUACAGUAUGUUUAGGCAAACAUAUUUGCAAAUGUUUAGGUCCUGUGGAGAUACCCUAGAGAAGAUGCUGGCCAGAAUCAAGCCAGUAAAAGCUGGCGCUUGAGUAUUCCUUUUUUAAUAAGCUCGGGAAGAUGCAGCAAAACAGCAAUGAGCUCACAAUCAUGAGAGUAACUCACGUGCAAUAAAAUUGCCUUUUAAAACUACCGUUCUGUUACGAUUUCUGCAAUCGUUGCUUCUGAUACCUUUGCUGCUAGCGGAGGUGAAGGGAUUAGGAUGUUCUUAAAUGUUUAUAUAGUGUGUUUAUAUGUUUACCCUUUAAUGGUUAAGAGUUUAACCAGAUGUUUUCUAGAAUGGUAAACGACUGUAAAAUCAGCAUGAAGUCAAACCAAGUGCUGAAUGGACAGUAAGCCCAGCAACUAAAACUCAAAACUUAGAAAAUUUGGGAGAAUAAGGACUUUGUCUGCAAUACAGAUGUGAAGACAAAACGGGGGCGGGAUGGAAAAAUGGGAAAAACUAUCCCUCUCCCUAAAUGCCCCCCCCCCCCCCGCCUUCAUGUCUCUAGUCUGCAAGAAAAUGAGAGCAGGAGCAGUUUUUAAAAACCAAGAAAAGCCCAGUUUGAGGCAUUCUGUUGAGACAUCAAUGGGGCAUGCUCCCAAGUAACUGUGAUACAAAUGCAACCCUAAUUUUGUUGGUUUCAAAUGCUUAAGUACAGUGCAGGCUCUGUAUAUCUCUGGUCAGAAGUAAACUCCACUGAAUUCAAUUAUAUUUUUUUUGUUGUCAUUUAGUCGUGUCCGACUCUUUGUGACCCCAUGGACCAGAGCACGCCAGGCACUCCUGUCUUACUCCCAAGUAAUUGAAUUUAGGAUUCCAGCAUUGUUUAGUUUUGGGUGAAGUGCCCCAAUAGUUUAAUAGCUUGAAGCAGCUAGUACUGGAAUUUAAGGUUUGCAUUUAAUUCUGGGCACACUUACGUGACUUACUUGGGAGUAUGUUCCAUUAGGCUGCAUGGGCCUUCUAAGUUAACAUAGUACAGAAUUUUUGAGUAUUUGUUAUACUCGGUCACCAUUUGUGAUUUUUUUUUUUUUUUGGUGUUGUAGAAAAUGAUUGUACACUUAUGGAGCUAUUUGUAUAGAAAUAUCUUUCGAUUUUGGCUAAAAUGGAUCUUGAGACAAUUGACUGGAAAAUGUGAACUGCAGCGUAUCUGUGAUGGCUCAAUGAAAAGAGCAGAAAGGACACUACGGAUAGGUAAUAUAUUUGAAAUAUACAAGCUUAUACAUAAAUUGUUAUGUUCAAUCUCCAAAGUUAGUUUGACAACCACAGAACGAGAGAAUUUCAAGUUUUUCACCUUCCAUAAAUAUUUACCUUCCUUUUAUGUCCUUAAUUUUGGGUGGCUAAAAUUCAUGUAGAUAAGGCUAUUGAUUCAACAGAGGAGACAGCUGACAAUAUACACAAUGUAGUGUAUUGUGGUUUUGUCUUUUGCAGUGUGUUCCCUGUUCAGUAUGUAAGCUGGUACAGUAGCUGUAAAAUAAAGUCCUAUAGACAAAUAGUUAUUUUAAAUUAAAAUACUGGUUCCUUGCCUUUUCAGUUGCUCCAGCCAUUCUCAUCCCGUUUCUUUCUUCAGGCCUUUUCUUUUCAUUCCUUUGGACCUCCCAUCUUUCAUUCUCAAGCUUAAUUUUCUGAUUCACUCCCUUGGUCGGCUGCCUCUUGAAAUCCUGGCACCUGCAUUUAUAGCCUCCUGGUUCUUCUAGUCAUUGUUGUCUUUCCUGCAUCUCUCUUGGAGAUUAGUAACUCCACAUGAAUCUCCUUUUUUUUUUUUUUUUGCUGCAAAAGGCUAAGGGUGUGUUUACACUUGUGACUUAAAACACAGCCAGGUCAUUUUCCCCUGCUGCAUUUCAUGCCUUAUUUGCAUAGAAAUGUUCAAAUCAGAGAGGGGAUAGGGAUGCUUUCACCUUAUGUGUGUGACAUUUUUGUUUCCCUGCCCCUGUAAUCCUCCUGGAACUCCUAUUCAUUUUACUGUCAUAAGUGCUUGUGGAGUCAUCUGCAAUUGCAUGCUAGCUGUUGAAGUAUGUUUACAUUACCACAUCAGUGGUUAGCAUGCUUCAACAGUACAUUGGGAGGUCUGUUCCUUACAGUGUAGGAAUUGGACCUUUAUUGUGGUGGCACCUUCCAAUUUGAACUCCCUUCUGCUCCAUAUCAGACAGGCACUGUCUUUACUGUAUUUUUGGUGUCUGUUGAAAACCAACACCAACAAGCCUUUUACACUGAGAUUUUUAUUCUAGUUUUUAACUCUCUUAGAUUAUAAAUUUUAUAUAUAGUUGUUUUUAUUGUUAAAUCACUUAUAGAUGUAUUAUGGGAAGCAAUUAAUACAUGAAAUAAAUAAAUUAGAGGUAUUAAACCACGGUUACAAUCAUGCUUAUUCAUUUGUCUUGUGUAAUUUUAGAAAUCAGAAUCUAGGGUCUAUGAAUUUCUUUAAAAACAUGCAUGUUUUUAUCUUAAUGCAGAACAUUCGUUGGAAUCAUCAAAGUGUAAGGUAGGUUAAUUUUAUAUUACGCCCAGCAUGUAAAGUCAAGCCCAAUUCCCUCCCCACCUUUGAGUAGAAAACCUCCAUAGUUACAUUCAUGAAAGGCACUAUGUAAGAAACACAGCUCUAAAGCAUACAGAACUACGUUUUCUGAUCUUUGGAUCCUCAUCAUUUUUCUAAAAAAAAAGAGGCCCAAUAUUAUAAUUUGCACCUGGUUGGGCUUCUUCUGAGUAAACGUGCACAAGAUUGGCUUUAUCAUUGCUGUAGCAAUGAUAUGCCAACCAAGGCUAGUCAAGAACUAGAUUGGAUGCAAACUAGAUCAAGUCUGAUUUAUGAGCCUGCUUAGUUUACAUUAUCUGCAGUAUAACAACACUGCUGUGGUACAGUUUUUGGCUUGCUGUUAAUGAAACUGUGUAUUCAUACACCAGUGCUAAGAAACCUCUGGUCCUUAGGUCUAAUUAAAUGUGCUUGGCCUUCCCAUCUGGCCCAGACCCCUAUGGCCAAACCACACCCACCUGUCCUAUGCCUAACAUGUAAGGUGUGAGGCAGGGUAAAGAUGUGGCAGAGUCAGAAGAAGUUUGCAGACAUUGCAGUCAGCUGUUCGGUGGUGUCUUUAAAGCGCUGUACACUGAUCUUCACAAGCCCCACCAGCCAGCUUAUUCCCACACUCCCAAACUGUGAACUUGAUCCUUUUGAGGGAGUACGACUCCAUCCAGAACAGGUUGUGGGGUCCCUGCUCAUAGUAAUCUUCUCCUGAAAUGUAAGUAACUGCUAUUAAAACAGAUGAUAUUUUGUGUCAGAAGAUUGAUGUUUUACUUGUAUCUAUCAGGCUUUACAACGGGCUGUGUAUUCUUCUAAAGAUGACGUGGAAAAAUGUGUGGCACUCAUCAUAGAACAAAAGAAGAUUAAUACACAAAAGGAUGCAGUGUAAGCCUAUUAUUGUUCUAAAGAUACCUUGUUUGGAACUUUAUCUUUGAGGUCAUUGAAAAUGUGUUUUGUUCAAAUAGACACUGAGAAUUAGUAAUUCAUUCAAAUUAGUCUUCAUAAAAUGCAUUUAGUUUAUCUUGUAAUUCAUACAUAGUAACAUGAUUCUUAAGAGAUUUGCUUAAAAGCUAUUUUUAAAAGUGUGUUAAUAAGCAAAAAUCUGAGUCUGACUUCAUUGAAAUCAGCAGUUUUGCUGUGGACUUCAGUGAAGAUAGAAUGAUACACAGUAACAUUUGUUAUCUAAAAUACAUGAUUCUGAGAACCUAAGGAAAUACCGUCCAGUUGCCAACUUCCCUUUUGGGGGCAAUGUUCUUGAGCAGGUGGUCACUGAGCAGAUCCAGGUGCUCUUGGAGGAGACUGGUUUUCUAGAUCCAUUUCAAUUGGGAUUUCGGCUUGGCUUUGGCACAGAAACUGCCCUGAUUACCUUAUAAUGACUUCUGUUGGGAGAAAGACUUUGGCAAUGUGCCCGCCUUUUGAUACCAUUGGCCAUUGUAUACUCCUGUAGAGGCUAUUUGAAUUGGGGGUGGGCAGCACUGCUUUGCAGUGGUUCUGGUCCUACUCGGUCAUCUUUAGCAAGUGAUGCUUGAAAAGUGUUUUUUGGCAACAUUGGGGUUUCAUUGUGUUGUUGAUGAGGGCUCAGUUCUAUCUCCCAUGUUGUUUAAUAUCUAUAUGAAGCUGCUGAGUGGAGUCACCUGGAGUUUCAGAGUCUGUUGUCAGCAAUAUGCAGGCGACACACAGCUCUAUUUCUCCUUUACAUCUACAGUGGUGCCCCGCAAGACAAAUGCCUCGCAAGACGGAAAACCCGCUAGACGAAAGGGUUUUCCAUUUUUCAAUGUGCUUCGCAGGACGAAUUUCCCUAUGGGCUUGCUUCGCAAGACGAAAAUGUCUUGCGAGUCUUGAGAUUUUUUCCCGCUUUUCCCCUCCUUUUUCUAAGCCGCUAAGCCGCUAAUAGCCUUUUAGCCGCUAAGCCUUUAAUAGCUGCUAAACCGCUAAUAGCGCUAAUCCGCUAAGCCGCUAAUAGGGUUGCUUCGCAAGACGAAAAAACCGCUAGACGAAGAGACUCGCGGAACAGAUUAAUUUCGUCUUGCGAGGCACCACUGUACAGGCAUGGCAACGGAUGUGCUAGACUUGCCUUGGUAGUGGACUGGAUGAGAGCCAAUAAACUGAAGCUCAAUCCAGAUAAGACGAAGGCAUUGUUAGUGGGAGGUUCCCUAGACUGGAUGGAUGGGAGACUUCCUGCUCUUGAGGAGGGUACAGUCCCUCUUAAGGAGCAGGUAUGUAGCUUGAGGGUGUUCCUGGAUCCAUUACUGUUGCUUGAGACCCAGGUGGUCUUGGUGGAGCAGAGUGCCUUCUGUCAGUUUUGGUUGGUCCAGCCACACUCCUAUCUGGACAGGGAUACCCUAACUUCUGUGGCCUAUUUGUCAUAGUUUAGAAUGGUAAGCAAGGUGGUCUGGGAAAUGAAGUUUAUAUGAUUUUCAACUGGUACUAACAGCUGUGCUCUUUUAUUGCAGCUGUUAAUUAUAAUUCUCUCUGUGUUUUCCUAUAUUAUAGGUUUGCUUCAAAGCUGCAAUUAAGUUUGCUCCAGAUAUCAGGAUGUAAGAAACUUUAUUUGGCUGUAGAAGAGCUGAGAAAACAGCCAUAUAACUCUGAUAAUAAUAAACAUGAAGAGCAACUAAUGGAGGUAAAAAAAUUAGGUUUUGUGCCCUUAUGGCAUAUUUAAUGUCCAAUUUGUGAUGUUACAAACAAGCAUCAAUUAUGAACUCAGUCUACUGAAGUUACAAUUGCCCGGCUAAUGUAGUAAGGCCACUAGAUCAGCAACUCUUAUCUGCAAUAGAAGUUCAUGCAGUUAUGAGUGAUGUGAAGAAAGGGAUUGGUGAAAGUUGUGUCUCAUAAUAAUACUAAAACACAAGGCCGUCCAAUGAAAUUGAUUUAGCAUUAAGUUUUGAAAAGGCAAAAGGAAGUAUUUCACACAGCAUACUUAAUUUACGGAAUUCAUUGCCACAGGCAGGAUACAAUGAUAGCUACUUGUUUAAAUAGCUUUAAAAAGGAAUUAAACAGAUUAGGAGAGGGGGUUAGAAAAAUAAUUGGUGUUUUUCCAGGUUUGUCAAAAAUUGCAAUCUGAUUUUUAAUAGUAGUAUGACUAGUUACUGAGGCCUAGAACACAUGGGAUAGCUCAGAUACAAAAUGCUGGGCUGGAGGGUAUAAUUUAACAGCCAUUCUUUAGUGAGCUGCUAGACAACACCUGCAAAGCAAGUGUGACUUUGGUGGGUUGCAGUUUUAUAUUUGUUGGUUGUGAGUCCAUAUGCUUUAGUACAAGUUCAUUCAGUCUGGUGCCUAUGUGGAGUUCUGGACUAACUGCUACAUUGAAUUCAAUAGGAGGAGGAAAACUGUGUUCAUAGAUCCGCUGAAAUGAGCAGGGAGUCCUAUGUGCACAGGAGAGCUUCAUGCCCAAAGCAGAUUGCCAUGAAAGCUCUUUAUCGCUUGCCACACUGGAAAAAAAAAAAAAGCUUCCUUGUUAAUACAUUUCUUUGCAUCCUGUGUUUCAGGAUGCUUAUGCCAUUUUGCCAUUUUGUGUGGCAUCCAGUUUCAUUAAUGAUACCUAUUUGUAUUUAGAAUGAGUUGGGGGAAAUACUGAUAAUUCUGUUAACAGUAGCAUAUUUAUACAGCUUUGGAAUUUGUUGAUGCCCCAUGAAAAACUGAAGGCUAGAAUCACGAAGCAGUGGUGUGACAUUGGUUUCCAAGGUGAUGACCCUAAAACAGACUUCAGAGGAAUGGGCAUGCUGGGAUUAACUAAUCUUCUGUAAGUCAAAAAUAUUAUGUAACAGUGGGUAUUCUUUUGCUGAUGUAAAUGGAUAUUAAAAAGAGGGUAUUGGAUUCAGUCUUCAACAACCUGCCAAUCUAGUUAUUAAUCUAUCUUAUUUCAAAAGCUAUUGUCCUACUAUUCAUGAAUUUAUUAACACCAUUAAUUAUACUGUAGAGCAAUUGACUUUGCAAGGCAGUGGUUAUAAUGUGAAUGUUUAGAAAAGUAAUUUUUAAUCACUGCUAGUAUAAGCAGUCUCUUGCAAACAUAGUUAUUUUGUGUGUACAUAUAUUUUCAGAUAUUUUAGUAAACACUAUCCCCGUGAAGCUCGUCAAAUCCUUUCUCGCUCAAAUAAUCCAAAACUGGGGUAAGCUACUUUUUAAUAAAAUUGCUGUCAUAAUUGACUCUUAAACCUGAAAAAGCAAAACUAUCAUUAUUACUUUAGUUUCUAAUAAAUAAUCUGAAAGUAUAUUUAUCUUCUGCACCUCCUCUUCUAUAAUAUUUGUGAGAGUAAUCCAGUAAUUUCUAGGGAUCCCAUAAGUGAAAAUAUUUUUUCAUUGCAUGUUAGCCUUAUGCCUGUCCUAUCUCACUUUUCCUCUAUACCUCUGUUGUGUGUGGUUAGAUUGUCCUGUUGAUGUCUUCACACAAAAGACCCUAGUAACUUUUUCUCUCUUGCUCCUCUACUGUAUAUGUAUAACCUUAAGGAUUUUUCCAUUAGGCUGAACCUGUCCAAGGAUCUUAUCAACAUUUUUGGGCUUUAAUAACUGAAACUCAUCCAGUAAAAUUGAACUAGACACCUCCAUUAAAGGAACUGCAUUAAAUGUUGCUUUGUAGUUUUGAACAAACACAAUCAGUGUCUUCCAUCCACAUGAUUUAGGCAUGUGAGCAAAUGGGAAGCAUGUCAAGUUGGAGGCUGUCCUGUUUUUCAGGAUCAGUAAGCAUAUCAGAUUGCCAGGUUGCAGUCCUUAAUAGUGCUCUACCCACAUAAAAUCCUAAAAGUAAAGCCAAAUGAAAUAACAAUGCUGUCCUCAACAAUACUGCCUUUUAAACUUAAUUUUAAAAUAUUUGCUGCAGUGUGAAUUGGUACUUGAAGCUUAAGAUACUGUUUCACUCACUAUCAUUAUUAGAUAAAGCGUAUUUUAUAAAUGUUUUUUAAUUUUUAAUUUAUUUUUUCCAUGUCAUAAGAGAUGUUCCCCAACCAGGUGCCCUCCAAAUGUUUGAACUAGUGUGGUGUAGUGGUUAAGAGCGAUAGUCUUGUAAUCUGGGGAACCGGGUUUGCGUCUCCGCUCGUCCACAUGCAGCUGCUGGGUGACCUUGGGCUAGUCACACUUCUCUGAAGUCUCUCAGCCCCACUCACCUCACAGAGUGUUUGUUGUGGGGGAGGAAGGGAAAGGAGAAUGUUAGCCGCUUUGAGACUCCUUCCGGUAGUGAUAAAGCGGGAUAUCAAAUCCAAACUCUUCUUCUUCUUCUCUUCUUGAACUACAACUCCCAUUAUCUCUGACUGUUGACCAUGCUAGCUGGAAAUGAUGGUGGUUGUAGUUCAAAACCGGAGACUGCCAAGUUGGGGAAGCUUGUUUCAGGUGAGGGGUAAUAACACACAUUUUUAAAUGGCUGUCAUUCUACACCACAUACCCCGUAGAUACAAAUAGCUUCUUGCCCCAUCCUAUCAUUAGCAGAAAAUGAGUACAUGCUGCAAAAUGGUCAAAUAAAGGCAAAUUGCUUAAUUUGUAUAAUAUGAACACAUUACAUAAUUUGAAUUACCUUAGUGUAGUUUUAGUGGUGUUUUUAAGUAUCUUAUAUUCACUUCUCUUAGUAAUUUGAAAAUUGUGUUUGGACAUGGGAGUUGUGUUUAACUUUGGUAACACCAGGGCCCAGUGAAUGGUCUUGGAACAGUAGGCAGACAUUGCAGUAUUGCUGAACUUAGGAGGUUAUGCAUAGAAUGAAUAAAUUUAUAUAUUUUUUAAAAUUGUUAACACUGAAGAUGUCUCAAGACUUCUAAAAUAAUCAUAAAGGUAAUAAUUUGCCUUCGGUUAUCCUUGACAUUUAUACUGCUUAAAAUGCAGAAAUAAAAAAGUAUAGUGAUUAUAAUGUCUGUGUAUUGCAGAUAUUCUUAUGCAAUAGUUGGGAUCAAUUUGACAGAAAUGGCUUACAAUUUAUUGAAGAAUGGACAUUUAAGAACUCACUUCUACAACUUGGUUCCUGGUGAACCACAAAUGAAAGACUUCCAUCAGUUUUAUUGUGAGUAUCUUCAACUAGCUUUUAUAUAUGGAUAACAACUUCAGUGGUUUGGAAGCUGCUGUUUCUGAAUUUAGUUAGAGGCAGAAUGUUCUCACUAGUUUGUUAACAUGUUCAACCAUAACGUUUGCAGAGAUCUUUUUUAAAAAAAGAAUCUGCUGUGUUUUCUGGAAAGCAUUUUGAAUCCUACCAUGAUCCUGUCAAUGCUAUCGCAUCUCAAAGGCGCAAGGAUGGGGUAUCAACAUGCUUUCAGGAAAAAUAAUGCUUCUCUAUAUUUAAAUGAAAGAUGAAUUUCAAAGGCCUUAUACACACAUUACACUACUGAAGAAGAAAUAAAUGUAUUCAAGCGUCUAUCACGUGUAUUUGUCUCCAGAAGAGUGGAGCCAUAUACACCACUGUAAACUUUGACUUUUUUGGCAAAAGCAGCCUCCACAUUCUGACUGAAGGUGCUCUUCCUUGAAUAGACAAGAGAAAAGCUGGAGAAAAAUUUCUGGCUGUGACUCCUUGUAAUUAACCUAUUCACCUCUGCAAAUUAAUAUAGUGUAGGGUUGAUUACACAUAUUGCAUGUGUUCCAAAAAUAAUCUAUUUGCUUAAUAACCCAAGAUAGGAGUGAGCCCUAUGGCUUUGUAUUUAGCCCUUUCAAGUGAGCAAACCAACCAGGAAGUCUUCCGUUUACUAUGGUCCCCCAUUUUGUCUGUUUUGGGAAUCUAUGGUUAAUCGCUUCGUAACAGGUUAUUAAGCUGAGAGAGAUGGUCAUAUGAACAAAUAUAUAAAUUAUAUGAGCAAGCCAUAAUCUACGGGUAUAGAAUGUUGUACUACUACAACUAAUAAUAAUAAUGGGAAAUGAAACAAAUGACUGCUAAAUUCUUUUGUAGUGUUCCCCGAAGCUUAGUAUGCUGUUGUAUGUGUCCCCUUCUUUGUUGCAUACGUACAGUAUAUGGAAAUACAAGAUUAUUGAUUUUCCUUAUAAGUGCAUAUUUUAUGCAAAGCAUACCAAAUUUGAAACUGUAAUUUCAAAAGUAAUUUGAUAUAGCUUCUACUCUUCUACAUUUCAAAAAUAGUGCCAGUGUCCAAGCUUUUGAUUGUAUGUGCCCAAAGUAGCUCUCUUUGGUGGUAUUCAGCUAAGAUUUACUCAAGUAGACAUACUGAAAUUAAUGGCUCUUAACUUAGUCAUGUUCAUUAAUUUUAAUGGGUUUUCUAGUCGUUUUUGAAAAGCUGCUUAGAGGCAAACACAUGUGUUGUCUCAAUACACUUUCUAUGUUUUGGUUUUUACAGGUUAUUUGGCUUACGAAUUUGACAAAUUUUGGUUUGAAGAAAAGCCUGAAAGUAUUAUGUACUUCAACCAGUAUAGAGAGAAGUUUCAUGAAAAAGUCAAAAAACAUCUUCUGGAUUACGAUGUAGUCCUUGCCUUAAGAAACGAAAUAUAGUAAUGUGCAUUCCUUUGGAUUCUGUCUAUAAAAAUUAUGCACUUGACUGGGAUUCUCAUAUUUAACCAAAAACUUCACUUAGUGAUCACAAAGUUUUAUACAUCUAUUUUUUUUAUUAAAAAAGUGGUUGAGAGAGCUUGGACAAUCAACACUUACUUAGGUCUGUAUACUAUUUGCUGAAGGUAAGAACUUUUUAGAGACAAAGAUCCUUUCUGUACCACAGAUCCUCAUAAUUUUUGUAUACCUAGCAGAUGAAACAGGUUCUUGUUCUGCUACAUUUUCUCUAGCAAUAGCUUCUUUUCCAUAUUUGACUGGUGUUAGCUUACAACCAGAAAUGUUGCAAUACUUCUUGAACAGAAAUAGCUUUUGUUUUAAAUGAAUUAGGUUGUAUUUUCUCUCUCUUCUAACCUGGAACACAUGGUCUUUUAUUAUUACACUACUGGGGGGGGGGGACACAACUAGCAGGUUAAAUGAUUUGGGUGUAUAAGAAAAAAGCUUUACUUCUGUUUAUUGAAGACUAUUUGUUUGAUUUUUCUCGUGGCAGCAUGCUUAAACAUUGCCAGAGUUAAAACUCUUGUUUUUAAAUAGGUCUUUGCAUUUUAUCAUAAAUAUAUUAAGUUAAAUAUAUUUUCCUGUACUAGACUAUUUUUAUUUAAGAUGUUGUAACUGCCUUCACAUAUCAACCAUUGCUCUAUUUCCCUCUUUCUUUUGUCACUUAAGUUCACAGCUAAAGCUUAAGAAUACUAGAGCUCCAAAUAUUCAGUAGAAGAUAAUUGGGCAAUUAAGUAAAUUUUCUUUAAUACACUGCUAUUUUGUAUUGAAGAAGGCAACUCAGAUGGCAUAUUCCGAGACAAUCUAAAGAUUCUUCAACUAUUGAAUAAGCAUGUUUAAAAUGCUUCUAAUCAAACUUUAGUUGCAGGUAGCCUUGCUUUAGGGAUAGGGUAAUUAGUUCAAAGAUUAAUCUUUUUAAAGUGCCUUGUACUUACUUCAUGUGCGCUUCAAAUCUGAAGCUGAGACUGAGUCGUUGCUGGUCAGUUCCUAAAACAUGCUGGCUUUAUUGUAAGAAUUGAUAUUGGAAUUGAUCAAAUUCCUAUUUCAUUUUACUAACUGAUAAUUGACUAAUUAGACUGCUGAUAAGGAAGAAGAGUGCAGCAGGAAGCCAUGGGAAGAACAUAUGAUGCCACAUGGCAACAUUGUAGGCAUUACAUAUGCUGGAAGUAUUAUCUAAAACCUGUGACAUCUAAAAGUAAUAAUUUAUCUAGAACAGUCAAAAAAAGGACAAAGCAAAAUUGAUGAUAUCUAACUUAUGGGAAAUAAAAUGCUUAUCGAAGUUCCUUUCUACCAGAGCAAUAGAGCCCUGACAGAGAGAUGGAGUGGAUCACAGAAGGCUUUUCAGUAUCUACAUCUGUUUUUAGAGAUGUUUGAUCACUUUUGUGCAAUACAAGAAAUCUUUCAAGAGAAAUGUGAUAUCUGCAAAAUGCAUUGGGGCACAGUCAAAAAAGUCCAUAUGAGCUCUCUCUGUAUAGGGACGACCCUAUUUUCUCCCACUAGUUGGAGAUUUGUCUUCACAGAGAAGUGUGUACCUGGUUAUAUAUGAGCACUGCAUCUAGUGGUUCAUGGUAUCAGAAUGUAUACAAAAAUCAUUCCUGGCUGAAACUGUUGUAAAUGUAUUUUCCUUUUCUGUAUGCUAUAAGGUACAUUUAUUGCACACUUGAUUCCAUUUGGGUUUUUCUUUGAAAUGGCUUAAUUGACAACCUUUUUUAAUUUAAGAAAUUUCAUUUAUUUUACUUAAAAGAAACCUUGAUCUUCUAUACUAAAUGCUUUAAAUAUAGAGGCAAUAGAAAAUUCUAGAAAAUAUACCAGAAAAGAUUUUAAGGUAUGUAUUCAUAUAUAGUUGUCACAUUAUUUGUUUACUACAAUAGUAUUAAAUAAGAAUCAAUGGCUCUGCAAAAAAUAAAGCUGAUGCAACAUUGUGCAUGUGAACAGUAGCAUCUACAUUGUUCCUGUGAUUUCAUCAAUUUGGACCUGUAGGGAUUUGGUAGGCUGAGUCUACCUGAGCGCCCUUCCAGUACAAUCUGUAUUUUUUUCUUUUUUUCUUUUUAACGAGUUCAUCUUUUCCUGUCAGAUGAUAAACCUAAGGAAGACUGAUAGAUUAUAAACUUUGUCAACUCCCUAAUGCUAGUGAUGAGUUUAACCAUAGUUCCACUCCAGGAAUGUUUGAGUUGUCAUUCUACCAAAACUCUGGGCUAGAUUAUGCAACAAUUAAAAUAUAAACCAGCAAACCGACUAGUUUUAGGGUUUUAUUUUAUUUUUGUAAAAACUAACAUAUUAAAUGAAAAUGAUUAUCAACAGAGCACAAAGUGAUAUAAUGCUAACAUACCCAGUUUCAGGCAGUAUAAAUAUUCUUUUCAAUGGUGCUAACAAUCAUAGUUGACAAUUUUUAGGAAAGAGGUUUCUAAAGUUUUGAAGCCACCAGUUGUGUUGUAAAUAUUUUGAAAUUCUCAUUCCUUACUGGAACAAAUUUGUAUCUUCCUUCUUUAAAUGUAUUGUUGAUUUUUUGUAAAGCUGUGUUCCUUAAUUACAGAUAGUGAUGUAGCUAUCCUAUAUGGAUGUAAUGCUUAGGUAUAAUAACUAAACUUAAUAAGGCCAUUCUUCAUUGGUUUUUAAAUACAUUGGUCUCAUUCAGCUGUAAUGAUCCUGGUCUACUAAAGUAUAGUUUAUUGGACAAGAGACAAACCAUCUCUUGCCCUGCCCCUCAUGUGUUCAGUUUGGCAAAGUUUUCUUGAAUUCUUAAACUACCACCUUCUUGGACAUUCAGAUUACCUCCAAAAAAGAAUUUGAAGCUAAUUUGGAAGGUAGCCCUUAAGCCACAGUUUGCAUGUGCAGACAUUCUGGGAAACAUUUAAAGAAAGUAGGCAAGCUUUAUUGAAGAUGGCUACUAGGGGGAAGGGGGAAAUGCAUGAGUCAGUAGCUCCUGGUCAAAUACCUAUGAUUUAUCAGACAAAUGGCUACAACUGAACUGGGCCAAUGUAUUCCAGUAGCUGUUUAGCUUGUAUAUAUAUUUGCCCAUUUCUUUUUGAGAAUAAUUCAUUCUAGACUUGUAGUUGAACCACUUACUCUAGUUUUGAGCUGUGAAAACCUAAAGAGACUGGUAGUAGAUAGUGAAAAACCCUGUUUUACAACAUAUUUCUAAGUAUUGCAUUGUGACAAUCGUAAGACAAUAUACUAGUAUAUCUGCACUGUUUCUUUAGAAAGAAACAAAUACACAUUGAAAACACACAAGCAGCCAUUUAUUUUUUCACAUAGCUGUUCACAUUGUUUUUCUCUAUGUGGUGUGAGGUGAGAGGGCUACAUGGAAAAACAUGUAGACAUCUAUGUGUAUCACUUUCACUAUUAACGUUUCUCCAAAAGCUUUUGAACCUGUGACUGUAUGAUACAUUGUGGGAAGGCAGAUCCAGCUGCUCGCAUAAAAGUUCCUUUUACAGGAAACCAGAGGCGGCUUGCAUUUCCACCUGCUCAAGGCAGUCCUACUGAAUUUUCCCACUUUCUCAUUCUAAUCACUGCUUUCCCUGCCCUAUCCAUUCCGGAUUGGUUCCUUGACUUUUGUCGUUGCCUUUGGGGAGCAGUGCUGGGGGAUGAGCCAGCAGAGACCCAUUAUGGGAGCAGAGUUCUGCUCAUCUAUCUGGAUCUAACCCACAACGUUUCAAAUUGCAUUCUCACAAAAAUGGCUAUUAGCUGGAAAAAAUAUUGAUCUCCAAAUUAAGCUCUAUGGCACAACCAAGUAACACUUAAAGUUUGGCUUAUAGAAAAAAUGGAUUUCAUAAAAAUCUUGGGCACUUGAGUGCAUAUUACUGGACUCAACUAGGAAAUGAAGCAAGCAUUAAAAUAUCUUAAUACAAACAAGUAGUAAACAGCUUCCUUAAAGGUAGCAAAUUACAAAAAUCACUUAUAGCAAUAUGAGCCACAAUAUUUGUUGAAUGCCUGCAAAUGGAAAAACUCUAGGAAAAAGGGUAUACUUUUAAACUUGUAGUGGAGCUUCAAUCUGGAAUUGCCAACUAUCACAGACACUAUUCAUAAACUAGAGAGGCCAUAUUAUUGGUUGUGCUGUAUUUAGGUGUCCGGGUUCAUUGGAUUAUUUACCAUAGCCACAGAUGCACUAAAAGAUCAUGUAAAAAUAUCCAAGAGGCAGAAAUAGAGACCACAGAAUCCUCUUCUGUAACAACCUGCUUUUUAGCUUUCCAAAUGUAUGUCAAAAGUGUCAUAAUUACAGUUGCAUUAGUAAGGUUCUGUAGCCUGUACUGAUAACUUACUGUUUCUUGUCCUUAUGAUGUGCACUUGUACUGGUUACUUCUGUGGUGCUCAGGCUGGUGACAGUUUUUUCUGUUGCUGCCCUUUUCCACUGUGAGGAACACAUAUGGGCAGUGACUUGUAAACCUUUGUGGAGCAAGAGCAUUGCCCAUUACUAACUGUGUGUAGUUUGGAAGCAAUAAAAUGUGAUUCUUGUUUGGGUGUGGAAUGACUGCUAGCAAAUAAAGAUCAAGUUGAUCAGAAGCUUUGUUUUGCUCA